CCCCCCCCCUCUGCCAUACAGAACCAUGUCCAGCGCCAUCACCAACGCCGCCAAGGAGGCCACCGCCCGCAUGGGCAGCCGCAAGUUCGACCUCGUCCUGUGGGGCGCCACCGGCUACACCGGCAAGCUGGUGGCCCAGUACCUGGCGUCGCGCUAUGAGAACCACCCGGCGCACGAGGAGGGCCUCCCCUCCGGUGGCGAUGGGCUGACCGAGCGCAACCUGUGCAUCGCCCUGGCCGGGCGCAACCGCCAGCGCCUGGAGGAGCUGCGCUCCAGCCUGGCCCUGAUGCGCCCCUCCUGGGCCAACGCCCCGGUCCUCGUGCAUGACCUGACCAACCAGGCCUGCAUCGACUCCAUGGUGGAGAAGACCCGCGUGAUGGUGGCCCUGGUCGGGCCCUUCUCCCAGUACGGCACGCCGGUGGUGGACGCCUGCGUGCGUCUCGGCACGCACUACGUCGACAUCACCGGCGAGGUCCCCUGGACCAAGAGCAUCAUCGACAAGUACCACACCCGCGCCGAGACCGCCGGCAUCAAGCUUGUCCCCCACUGCGGCUUCGACAGUGUCCCCAGUGACAUCGGCACCCUGAUGGCCGAGCGCGCCUUCGCCCUCAAGUACACCGGCCAGUCGCCGAAGAUCGUCAAGGGCAGCUUCCUCGAGGCGACUGGCGGUCUCAGCGGCGGUACCAUCGCCACCAUGGUCUCCCACAUCGAGAAGCUGAACACCCGGCCGAACCUGCUCAACCCGGCCGGUGUCAACCAGACCCUUGACCACAAGGACCAGAACAUGCUUGCCUACGACGCGGACUUCAAGCGCUGGACCCUGCCCUUCCUGAUGGCCUCCAUCAACACCCGCCUGGUCCGGCGGUCGAUCGCCCUGCGCGGCCAGCAGUAUCGCUAUGACGAGAAUGCCUCGCACAAGGGCCUCCCCCGGGCGGCGCUGCAGUUUGCCUUCCAGUUCUUCUUCUUCCUGAUGUUCCAGUUCGCCAUGACUCGCAACUUCCUGCUGCGCAUCCUCCCCUCGCCGGGCGAGGGCCCCUCCGAGAAGGAGGUCCGCACCGGCCACUUCAACGCGCAGUUCAUCGCCAAGAAGAUGGGCACCGGCCAGAGCGCCUCCGUCUGCAUUAAGGGUCCCUCCGCUUACCAGCUGACCGCCGUCACCGUUGCCGAGGCCGCCAUUGUCCUGGCCCUGGGCCUGGACUCGUCGGAGGGUGACAGCGACGACAAUGACAACCCGGCCGUCCUGCCCAAGGCCCUGCCGGCCGGUGUGCUCACCGCCUCCACCGCCCUCGGACCCCACUACAUCAGCCGCCUGCGCCGUGGCGGUGUGACUUUCAAUGUCUGAGCAAGUGUGCCGGACGCCCCAUUCUCCCACUCCUCCCCCGCCCCCGCCCCCUCUCCCCUUCUUCCCUCUGCUGUGCCUCUGCUGUGUGCACGGGCGCGCACACGAUCACACAUAUAUAUAUGUCGAGACAGAGUGAAUAUAGUCUCCACAUCGCGA